AUUAAAUCUAAAAAUAUUUUAGAGAUAAUGAAUUUAUUUAGAGAAAACCAAAUAAAAUUUCCUUGUGUUUGUAAACCUCUUAUUGCUCAAGGUUCAAGUAACGCACAUAAGAUGAUGGUAAUUUUUAAUGAAAAGGGUCUAUUGGACUGUCAACCACCAUGUUUAGUACAAAAUUUAAUUAAUCACAAUGCUAUUUUGUAUAAAGUGUUUAUAAUCGAUGACCAUUUUCACAUUAUUGAAAGACCCAGUCUUAAGAACUUUUACCCAAAGGAUUCUGAAUUAAUGAAUACUAUAUUUUUUAGUUCUCAUGAUAUUUCUAAAAGCGGUUCCAAUUCAAAAUGGUCCGUUAUAUUAAAAGAAGAACAAAGUUUUACUGUAAAACCAAAAUUAGAAAUUUUUGAAAAAAUUGUAAAAAAAGUUGAACAAAUUUUUGGUUUAUUCCUAGUUGGAGUUGAUGUAGUUAUUGAGAAUCAUACAGAAAAGUAUGCUAUAAUCGAUGUUAAUGUUUUUCCUGGAUAUGAUGGUUAUCCAAAUUUCUUUAAUCAUUUAGUAAAUACUAUAAAAAAAUUAUUAAAAGAGAAAAGAGGUAUAAAAUAUGACAAAAGUCCUUUGAAAAAAAGUCUUAGUAGUGAUCUGGAUUCUGGUUUCGAAAGCGAUGAGAAAAAGAAACAAUAUCUACUAUAAUAAUUAUAUUAUCUAUAUUAUUGAAUAGUAAUU